CGACACACACACUCACACACACGCGCGCGCACACACACACGCACGCACGCGCGCACGCGACUUUCGUUUCUUGGCGACUUGAUCCACAUUUUACUCUCCAGUCUCCGAAAAAAAAAUGAAUGUAAAGGAUCUCGCGCGCAAGGCGCUGUAGUUUCCGUCCCAGAAUAGGACUGGUAGGACAACGUGCCUUUACUAUACAGAUCGCGUGUUUAAAUCAGAAGAACACCAGCAGGGGAGUUUUGCUUGACUGGUUGAGGUGAUCUGUGGUUAGACCUUUGGAUUCUGGCUUCCUUUGGGACUUUUGAAGCCCUGAGAUCCCCGCGGAUUGCUGUUUCUCUGUGUGUGUGUCUCAUGUCUGGGCUGAUUGUGUCCUCUCUUCACUGGCACCAUGUCGCCCGGAGCGGAGAAAAGACUCGCGUCUCAGCUCAGACUGCUGGAGACCUUGAUCAAGGACCAGCGAUCAGUAAUCAAUUUGGAGAGUCUGUUGGAUUCUUUAAAUGCCUUGGCCCUUGACCUGAAUCACCCUGCGCUGCGGAAGAACAAAAACAUUGAUGCCUUCUUAAACAGAUAUGAGAAGGCUGUAAACCGUCUGAAGGAACUGCAGGUGCGGCUAGAUGAUUUUGACCAAAUCAAACUAAUCGGCAAAGGAGCCUAUGGAGCAGUGCAACUGGUGCGGCAUAAGGUCUCUAAGAAAGUAUACGCUAUGAAGAAGCUCAGCAAGUUUGAGAUGCUCAAGCGCUCAGACUCUGCCUUUUUCUUUGAGGAGCGGGACAUCAUGGCCUUCUCAAACAGCCCCUGGAUAGUGGAGCUGUGCUGUGCAUUUCAAGAUGAGCGCCAUCUCUACUUGGUGAUGGAGUUCAUGGCAGGUGGAGAUCUGGUAACCCUCACCAUGAAUUACGACAUGCCUGAGGAAUGGGCACGCUUCUACACAGCUGAAGUGGUGCUGGCACUGGAUGCCAUCCACUCCAUGGGCUUCAUCCACAGAGACAUUAAACCUGAAAACAUGUUGCUGGACUGCAGUGGCCACCUCAAACUUGCCGACUUCGGCACAUGCAUGAAGAUGGACAAGUCUGGGAUGGUUCGCUGUGACACAGCUGUGGGAACACCAGAUUACAUUUCUCCAGAGGUGCUGAUGUCACAGGGUGGAACCGGUCAUUAUGGACGCGAGUGUGACUGGUGGUCUGUGGGAGUGGUUAUCUAUGAGCUGCUGAUUGGUGAAACUCCAUUUUAUGCUGAGUCACUGGUGGGAACUUAUGGCAAGAUCAUGGAUUACAAAAAGAGUCUGAACUUCCCAGAUGAUAUGGAAAUGUCUAAAGAGGCCAAAAACCUUAUCUGUGCCUUUUUGACUGACAGGGAUGUGAGGCUUGGGCGGACAGGAGUGGAGGAAAUCAAACGUCACCCCUUCUUCAAGAAUGACCAAUGGACCUUCGACACCAUACGAGACACCAUGGCUCCUGUGGUGCCUGAGUUGAGAAAUGAGAUUGACACAAGCAACUUUGAUGAUAUUGAGGAUGAGAAAGGGGAUGUUGAGACGUUCCCACCUCCUCGUGCAUUUGUAGGCAACCAGCUACCUUUUGUUGGAUUUACAUACUUCAGGGAGGACCAGUUGAUGAGCAAAAAACAAAAAUAUGAAGAUGAGUCUGAACUCUGUAUUGAUGGUUUAGUAGAAAAGGAGGACCAGUCAGAGAGAUCUGAGGCUGAAGAUGUGCAAAAGAAGCUGAUUAAGAUAGAAGAGAAGUUUAAACAUGAGAUGCAAGCUAAGGAUGAACUGGAAAACAAAUGCAGAAGUGCAAACGAGCGACUAGAUAAACUGUCCAAGGAGCUUGAAGAGGAGAUGAGUGCGAGGAACAGAGCAGAGGAUUCCCUAAGGAAACUGGAACGAGAGAAAGCCCUGCUGCAGCUCCAGAGCUCAGAGAGCCUGAGAAAGGCUGAACACGAGACAGAGAGAAAACGAGGCUUAGAAAACGAAGUGAGCAGCUUGAAAGAUCAGCUGACUGAGCUGAAAAAGAAGAGCCAUAACUCACAGAUCUCCACUGAGAAAAAUAUCCAUCUAGAGAGACAGCUGGAGGAGGUGAGUGCUAAGCUGCAGGCAGAGGUGGAGGAGUCAGGCCGAGUGAAGAAAGCUCAGGCCGAGGCAGCGAGACAGGCGCAGCAGCUGGAGCUUUUACUCAGGGAGCUGCAGGAGAGACUGGUCCAGCUGGAGAGCAGCCGACUUGGCCUGGAGCAGGACAACCUCAGCCUGCAGAGUGCCCUAGAGACUGAGAAGAGGGAGCGCAGUCUCAGCUCUGAGAACAUCACUGAGCUGCAAGUGUGUGUCUCAGGUCUGGAGGAAGAAUUGAAGCAAACAAAGAACUUGCUCUCUAAGGCUGAGGGUGAGAAGAGACAGCUACAGGAGGAACUGACUAACUUGGAGAAGUUAAGGAGUCAGCAAGAGAUCGACUUUAGCUUCAAGCUAAAAUCUGUUCAGCAGCGAUUAGAGCAAGAGGAAGAGGAGCACAACGCUGCAAAAACCCGACUCGCUGACCACAGCAAGCUCAACCAGUCCAUUGAGGAGGCCAAGUCUGAAGUGCUAAGGGACAUGGAGCGUAAGCUACAGGACGAGCGCUCCGCUAAGCAGCAGCUGGAGAAUAAGCUGAUGCAGCUGGAGAAACAUAACUCGGUCCUGGACUGUGAUUAUAAACAGGCACAGAAUGAGCUCCAAGAGCUUCGCUCACACAAGAACAAGCUCACAGAGGAGCUGGAUUUGCUGACUGUGAGAGUGGAGCAGGAAAUGCAGCGUCGGAAUCUGUCCCAAGCUGAUCUGAAGGCUCAGAGGAACGAAGUCAGCACGCUGCGCUCCUCUGAGAAACAACUCAAACAAGAACUCAACCACCUGCUGGAGCUCAAACUCAGCAUGGAGAAACAAAACCAGGAGCUACGCAGGGAGAGAGAAGUUGCCGAUACACAUCUGAAGGAGUUAAAGGAUCAGCUGGAGGCAGAACAAUAUUUCACAAAACUAUAUAAGACUCAGAUUCGAGAGCUGAAGGAAGACUGUGAUGAAAAGACUAAACUCUACCAGGACGCACAGCGGAGACUGGAGGACCUUCAGGAGGAGCGGGACUCUCUGGCCACACAGCUGGAGGCGAGCCUGACAAAGGCCGACUCAGAGCACUUGGCACGCUCCAUUGCUGAGGAGCAGUACUCAGACCUGGAGAAAGAGAAGAUUUUGAAAGAGCUGGAGGUCAAAGACAUGAUGGCCAGACACCAGCAGGAGCUCAGUGACAAGGACAACACUAUCAGCUCGCUAGAGGAGUCUAACCGCACUCUGACUGUGGAUGUAGCCAACCUGGCCAGUGAGAAAGAGGAGCUGAAUAACCAACUAAAAGACCUUCAACAGCAACUGCAAAAAGCCGAAGAGGAAGAGAAGCAUGUUAGUGCCAUGAAACUGUCAUUUGAGAGGCAACUUCAGUCUGAGCGAACACUCAAGAUCCAGGCUGUUAACAAGCUAGCCGAGAUAAUGAACAAGAAGGAUGUGGUGCGCAGCGUUCACCGUCCAGACGACGGCACUCUGAGAAGGAAGGAGAAGGAAAACAGGAAGUUGCAGCUGGAGCUGCGCUCCGAGCGAGAGAAGCUCAACAGUACCAUCAUAAAAUACCAGAAAGAGAUCAGUGACAUGCAGGCUAUGAUAACGGAUGAGUCGCAGAUGCGUGUGGAGCUGCAGAUGGCUUUGGACAGUAAGGACAGUGAUAUCGAGCGUCUGCGCUGUCAGCUAACUUCACUUAGCAUCCAUUCCUUAGACACAACUAGCAUCAGCAGUAUGGGCAAUGAGCAGGACACUGAUGAGCCUUACCCAGUGCGCAUCACACAAACACAAACCUCAGAGUCCAUGUCGUUCACAUACCAGCGAAGCUCCAAGCGGGUGUGUAUUGACACCCGGCCAAGCCUCAUGUGCCCCCUCUUCCCUUCUGAGCCUGAGGAAGAGAACGAUGAGGAAGAGAGGGGUCAGCCUCGGCUGGCUUUGGUUUGUGAGAGGCCAACAAAUGUUGAGCCUGCAGAUGCUAGUCUGGAGGGCUGGCUGUCUCUUCCAAGCAAGAACACCAAGAGGUUUGGAUGGGAUAAGAAGUACGUGGUGAUGAGCAGCAAGAAGAUCCUGUUCUAUGACUCAGAGGAAGACCGUGAUCAGGCCAAACCAUUUAUGAUAUUGGACAUCAAUAAACUCUUUCAUGUACGACCUGUGACUCAAACAGAUGUAUACCGUGCAGAUAUUAGAGAGAUCCCUCGCAUUUUCCAGAUCCUCUAUGCCAACGAGGGUGAGAGUAAGAAUCAGGAAGCAGCCGUGGAGCUUUCAGUGACUGAGAGAUCAGCGUACAUCCCUCACAAAGGCCAUGAGCUUGUGCCCACACUCUACCACUUCCCCUCCAACUGUGAGGCGUGUGCUCGACCCCUCUGGAAUGUCUUCAAGCCCCCUCCAGCUGUGGAGUGCCGUCGCUGCCAUGUGAAAUGCCACAAAGACCACCUAGACCUCAAGGAGGAAGUGCUUGCACCCUGCAAAGUGAACUAUGAUACAGCUAAAGAGCUGCUGCUGCUGGCCAGUUCCUCAACUGAGCAGCAGAAAUGGAUCAGUCGUCUUCUGAAGAAAAUCCCACGCAAACCCCAUACUCAGACUGUGGCAGCCCCUCAUGAGCCUCCAGUGGUGUCACCGCUGCCCUCGCCCCGUCUCUCUCCAAGAAACUCGCCCAAACUCACCUCCAAAGGAGCCAUCAGAGUGCACAGCAGAGGCCCACCACCCUCUAGCAAGCCCAGCUAACCUUAAUGGAUACUGGAUUGCACUCAGCGUCAUGUAGCAGAUGCUGCAGCACAACAGACAAUACAGAAAACAAAGGACGUGAAAACAAUGACGUAUUGUAGACACACUGCCAAUCAACACUCUGUAAAUUAGCAUACCUGAAGAUGUGCCUUAUACUAAACAUUUUACAGCAAUAAUAUUACAGUGUGAAAAUGCAUAAAAGUAUGAAAAUGUUAUGUUUGGUUAUACAGUAUGGCUGCUUAUGUGUGUGUGUAUGGAUAAUUAGAAAUAUGACACAAUGGAUUUGUAUAUUCAAAUAUGAUCUAUUUCUGUAAGGGAAACACUCAUGCAGUGCAUUGCAAACACUACAUUUUUACUGUUAAAGAUUAUUUAAUGCUUCAGAAAGAGCUGGACUGUGGUAUAUAUUUGAAAGAAAGAAAAAAUAGGCAAAACAUUUUGAGUUUUGUUUUAAAGAUGCACUCCACUGCACAGGUUUACUUCAAGCGUUGCAAGCCUUGUCAGUUCAUAACUCUGGAACUACCUACAGUACAAAGCAGAAUAUGCAGUGUUGGUCUAAAUGUUUUUCUUUAACCAUGAUGUGUGCAGUAGAACGAAGAGGCCACUGACUAAAUACUUUAUCAGAAGACAGAAUUGAAUAGAAAAAAAGGGUGACAUUAAUUAAUUACAUACAUACAUACAAGCAUGUAUGCACACACACACACACACACACACACACACACACACUAUGCAUGUUUAGAACAAAUGCAUAAGAACUACAUUAGUAUAGAUCACAGGUAUUCAGUUAAUCCAGUUUCACCAUACAAAUGUGGUUAUGUUUUGUUUUGCACCGGUGCAUCACAUUAACACAUUCACAUCUCUUUUAGACUUUGUUUUUAAAUUGUCCUUAAAUAAUCUGGGUUGUUUUUUUUUUUGUUGUUCUUUCCAUUUCACUUAUCAGACUAAAUUGGAUCAAUAAAAGAUGACUCUGA